AUGCCGCCGUCGUCGGUCGGGGAGCAGUUGGCCUGGAGCAGGAUCCGCGAGGUCUGCCAGGAUGGCUUCUCCGAGUUCCUGGGCACCAUGACCUUGAUAUUGUUUGGCGAUGGCGUCGUUGCCCAGGUUGUGCUGAGCAGUGGUACGAAGGGUGAUUACCAGAGCAUCUCCUGGGGCUGGGGUCUGGGAGUGAUGCUUGGAGUCUACUGCGGUGGCAAGUCGGGCGGCCACCUCAACCCAGCAGUGACGCUCGCCAACUGCCUCUACCGCGGUCUCCCGUGGCGGAAGUUCCCCGUCUACUUCAUUGGCCAACUCCUCGGUGCCAUGACGGGAGCUGCGAUUGUCUAUGCAAACUACAAGUCCGCCAUUGACAUGUUCGAGGGAGGCAGCGGCAUCCGGACCGUGGGACUGAACACCUCCAGCGCGGGUAUCUUCUGCACGUAUCCCGCCGCCUUCAUGACGCGCACAGGAAUGUUCUUUUCCGAGUUCGUCGCCAGCACCAUCCUGCAGUUUGUGAUUUUCGCCCUGGUCGACAACGGCAACAUUGGCGCCGGACCUCUCCUUCCAUUGUGUCUGUUCUUCCUGAUCUUCGGCAUUGGCGCGUGCUUCGGCUGGGAGACCGGCUACGCCAUCAACCUGGCUCGUGACUUUGGGCCCCGUCUUGUUUCGUACAUGAUUGGAUACGGUCACGGGGUGUGGUCUGCUGGAGGUUAUUACUUCUGGAUCCCGAUGGUGGCACCAUUCUGCGGAACCGCCUUUGGAGGCUUCCUCUACGAUGUCCUCAUGUAUACCGGCGAAAGCCCCGUGAACACACCUUAUCUCGGCUUCGCGCGGUUGUUCAAGCCUCGACGGGAUGUGUGGUCGAACACGUACAAGAAGAGAUUUGACUCUCACGUCUAA